AUGAAGAUAAAGGCCCGACACACAAUGUUUUUAUUCAGGUCAAAACAAUUUGAUCCCGAUCAGUUUGAGAAUGAGUUGAAGAAGGUGACCAGCAAAAUUUCGCAAAAUGAGAAAAGGCUUCGGAAACUCCAGGUACAGAAAAAAUAUUACACAAAGGUGAUCCCGUUGUACUUGAGUUCUGCGUAUGUGAUUUAUUUCAGUUAUUUGUACCAGAUGGACUUUCUGAAACGGUCCAAAAAUAUAUUAACAUUGAUUAUUGCGCCGCUAAUAAUUGGCGUUAUUUACUAUACUAUAAUAUCGUUUUUUGACUAUUUGAUCAACAACAAGGAGAGCUAUAUUGAACAUCUAAAGAACGAACACAAUGAAAAAUUGAUGGUUUUGAAAGAUAAGACCAACUUCGAUAAAACCCGAGACUUGUUAGCCCGGUUUUCCGAUGGGGAAGAUAUCAAAGAGAUGGAGAAAGAGGUCGAUGAGAUGCGUCAGAAAAAAGCCCAAUAUUUGAAAAUGAUCCAAGCAGGAGAAGAGGGUAAAAUCUUGGAGGAUUUACAGCACGGACAAAGGACCAACAAUGGGUUUUACAAUCAUUUCCUCACCACCUUAUUGGGUGAGAAUGAGCUGGGUCCGGACAAGAGAUAUGCAUUGAUAUGCAGCAAUUGUUUCCAGCACAAUGGUCUUGCGCCACCAGGGAAGACUGCAAUGCAAGUCAGAUACAUAUGCCCUAAAUGUGGAACGCUGAAUGGGAAUCAAGCCAUUGAGAAGCAAAGGGCAACUAAUGAAGAGAACGAAGAGCAUCAGGCAACAGCAGCAUCCGACUAG